UGGAGAGCCUGACGUGCCGGCCUCUCAGCCAAUCAGCGGCCGAUCCUGAUAUUCCUGGGAAUCGAUACUGGGCGGUGAUUGGCUGGCGGGGGGUCCUGUGGGUGGGUGCUGGAGUGAGAUGCCGAGUGGCUCGCUGCACUUGGGUCAGUGUUGCAUGCUGCAGCGACGGGGGUGGAUGUGUGCUUCUAGUCGUGGUGUGUCAUAACGUGUCGUGUUUCCGUGUCAGGCGAGGCGUCCACGCCAGGCCUCCCGUGGCCGGUGGCUUCACUAACUCACAGCUCUGUCCACUUCUGCCGUCCACAAUGCCCAUGUUCACCAAGCUGGGCCACAAGUCCUCCACGGAGGCCAAGUCCAGUGGCCAGAGUGCAGCCAAGGCCAGUUCUGCUACGGCCAAAGCCAGUGUAGCCAUCGCAGCGGGGAAACACCUGCUCGAUAACACCCGCUGGCAGAAGCGGCUGCAGAAGGAAUUAAUGUCACUCUUGAAGGAGCCUCCCCCAGGAGUCACCGUAGAUGUUGACCAAGCCCACACCAAGCUGACAGAGUGGGUGGUACACAUGGAGGGAGCAUCCGGUACUCUCUACGAAGGAGAGAAAUUUCAACUGCAGUUCAAAUUUUCUCCAAAAUAUCCCUUUGAUUCUCCGGAGGUUAAGGUUGUUAUCCAAAGAGCAUGCUGGAAUACUUCAGUCACCCUGCAGAAUUGUUUUAAAAACUAA